CAAAAUCAUUCUUUUUUCGUUUUCCAUGCAACCAGAAAAAUCGGGAGAAGUAGACCAAAUCUGAGAGCAAAUCUGAAAUUGUCGAGGAAUUCACCUGUAGAAGAAUAUUAUAUAGCUUUUUACAAAAGAUGAUUUUGUUUUUUCAGGCAAUCGACCAAUUGUUAAUAGAUUUCAAGAUUCGGGAAAAAGUUGUAGCAAUAGUCACGGACAACGCUGCAGCUAUGAAAAAAACUGUUGAGUUACUCAAACUUCGACAUUCCUCAUGUUUUGCGCACUGCAUUAACUUAACAGUGCAAGACUGUUUGAAAGUGGAAUCAUUCUCAACAAUUUUGUCAAAAAUAAAGGCUAUUGUGACUUUUUUUCACAGUUCUACACUUGCUUGUGACAAACUUCGUAUUGCUCAAAAGACGUCAAACAAACCAGAGUUAAAACUGAUUCAAGAGAUAUCGACACGAUGGAACAGUUCGUAUUAUAUGAUGAAAAGAAUCAUGGAAAUACGAAGUGAGGUCGCAAUCGCAAUAAGUCAAUGUCAAAAAGCACCUUCUUUUCUCACAGCAGAAAAUUUUACUGCUAUACAGGAGAUUGUAAGGCUUCUAGAACCUUUUGAUGUCGCAACAGCAACAAUAUCGGGUGAGUCUUAUGUCACUUCAUCCCUAGUUAUACCUCUUAUACGAGGUAUUUCCGUCAAAUUGUCAAGUCUGGAAAACAGUUUGACAACUAUCGAAGGACGAGAGGUCUUUCAUUCCUUAAAUAAUUCAAUUAAUAUGAGGUUGAAACCGUUCAAUACCAGGACAUUGAAUAUGAUUUCCACAUUACUAGAUCCCAGAUUCAAAAAAACUGGUUUCAGAACUACUCAAGAAGCAGACAACGCAUCCCAAAUAUUGCAAAGAGAGUAUGCUGCUAUUAUUGCGUCCUCAGCCCAAAGAGCAGAAGUGCCAGUGCCAGUGCCAGCACCUUCAACUUCAAGUACAGAAUGUACUUCAAAUGAUUUACUGUUUUUGUCUAAUCAGCAACAAUACCAGAUAUCAACACCAGUAAGUGACUCAAUUAUUGACCUUCGUCAAUAUUUUGAAAAGCCUUUAAUAGCAAGUCACCAACCUAUUUUGGAAUACUGGGACAAAAGCAAUAAUAUGUUACGAGUAAUGGCCAAUAAAUAUUUGUGUUGUCCAGCGACUUCUGUUCCUUCUGAAAGAAUUUUUUCAAAAGCUGGUCAAAUCAUGAAUGUGAAAAGAAACAGAUUGAAAGAUAAACAUUUAAAUACAUUGCUAUUUAUUCACCAUAAUUAUAAUAUAUUCAAGUAA